GGGGGAAAAUCCAAUUGAACAUAUACAUAUGUUAAAUGGUGCGCGUGUGGGAAAUGCGGAUGGUAUAUAAGGUGGUCGGGCUUCAGAGGGUCUGUACUCCGUUACUGCAUACAGCAGUGGUUUGAGUGUGCACAGAGCUUAAUCAGAGAAAGAAACCACCAAGAUGUGCGACGAAGAUGAGACUACCGCCCUUGUGUGCGACAACGGUUCAGGCCUUGUCAAGGCUGGCUUUGCCGGUGAUGAUGCCCCCAGAGCUGUCUUCCCCUCUAUCGUUGGUCGCCCCCGUCACCAGGGUGUCAUGGUGGGUAUGGGUCAGAAGGACUCCUACGUAGGAGAUGAAGCUCAGAGCAAGAGGGGUAUCCUCACUCUGAAGUACCCCAUUGAGCACGGCAUCAUUACCAACUGGGACGAUAUGGAGAAGAUCUGGCACCACACUUUCUACAAUGAGCUGCGUGUUGCCCCCGAGGAGCACCCAACUCUGCUUACUGAGGCCCCUCUUAACCCCAAGGCUAACCGUGAGAAGAUGACCCAGAUCAUGUUUGAGACCUUCAACGUCCCAGCCAUGUAUGUGGCUAUUCAGGCUGUGCUCUCCCUGUACGCUUCUGGCCGUACCACCGGUAUUGUGCUGGACUCUGGUGAUGGUGUCUCCCACAAUGUUCCAGUCUAUGAAGGUUAUGCUCUGCCCCACGCCAUCAUGCGUCUGGAUCUGGCUGGUCGUGAUCUGACCGACUACCUCAUGAAGAUCCUGACAGAGCGUGGCUAUUCUUUCGUCACAACUGCUGAGCGUGAGAUUGUCCGUGACAUUAAGGAGAAGCUGUGCUACGUGGCUCUGGACUUUGAGAAUGAGAUGGCCACUGCUGCCUCUUCCUCCUCCCUGGAGAAGAGCUAUGAGUUGCCCGACGGCCAGGUCAUCACCAUUGGAAACGAGCGUUUCCGUUGCCCAGAGACCCUCUUCCAGCCUUCUUUCAUUGGUAUGGAGUCAGCUGGAAUCCAUGAGACCGCCUACAACAGCAUCAUGAAGUGCGACAUUGACAUCAGGAAGGACCUGUACGCCAACAAUGUUUUGUCUGGUGGUACCACCAUGUACCCUGGUAUUGCUGACCGUAUGCAGAAGGAGAUCACCGCCCUGGCCCCCAGCACAAUGAAGAUCAAGAUCAUUGCCCCACCUGAGCGUAAAUACUCCGUAUGGAUCGGUGGCUCCAUCUUGGCUUCCCUGUCCACCUUCCAGCAGAUGUGGAUUACCAAGCAGGAAUAUGAUGAGGCAGGCCCCAGCAUUGUCCACCGCAAGUGCUUCUAAAUCCAUCAUCUGCAUCUAUUUGCUGUGGAUCACGCAAUAAUGGAGAAUACAUUCAUCUUGACUGGACAGUGCUGGUGCAAAUGUAUUUUGUACCCAUGUGUUACUCAAUGAACAUGUUGCCAGGAUAAACACAUGAUCCAGAAGACCAUUGUACCAUGUUAUCUAACAUGAAACUGUUAUAUGUACAUAAAUAGUCAUUAAUUUAUUAAAGUCCAUUAUUUGGUA